CCCAAAUCCUUCUCCAUCCCAUCAAACAACAGCCGAAAUAAGUAAAUAAACAAACAGUAUCCAUGAGCAAAUCCUCAUCCAAGUCAGCUGCGUCGGCUCCUGAUGCCGCCGUCCGGGUCUAUACUCCCACAACCGUGGACACUCAGCGAGGAGGAGCACUCUACGACCGAACGACAAUAAAUCUCGCGACAUCGCGAUACAUCCCCCAUCGACUGGUCGAAGCCAGUAUCCUGUUAGCGGAGGUCUUCCUGCUAAACGUUCCCGAAUGGAUCCUGGGCGAGAGGCAGAUCGGAAAUGCGCCGUCCGUGGAGAAGAGGAUUGAUAGUUCGAUCGCAGCGAGUCGAGCAUUGAUGACGGACACAGUGGCAAAGGGCGGUCGACGUAAAGUCGCGGUGCUGACAGGAGGAGCAAGUGGACUCGGAUACAUGGCGGCGAUGGCGAUCGCAGAGGCAGGAUAUCAUCUCAUUAUCGGGGACCGGGCAACUGAGAUGGGCAUUCGAGCUGUAGAAGCGAUCAAAGCAAAGACGCUUAACAUGAACGUCGACUUCGUCUAUCUGGACCUUGGCUCGUUCAAGGAGGUGCGGUCCUUCGCUGAAGAGGUCGCUCGGCGCACAGAGGUUGUUGACCUGCUCAUCAACAACGCCGGUGUCAUGGAUCUGCCAAAUUUCCGACCAACUGCAGAAGGACACGACAGCCAAUUCGGUAUCAACCACCUGGGUCACUUCUACCUCACCCACCUCCUGCUUCCUCUGGUUCAGCGAGCUCCCAAGGCCCGAAUUGUCAUGACGGCGUCUUCUGCACACUAUGGGACCUCAAAAAUCAACUACCAGGGCAUUACAUCUGCGAAGGCCUACGACCGCAUUAAUAACUAUUGUGGUUCGAAGCUAGCGACUGUGAUGUAUGUGCGACACUUGGCCAGGUGGUUGAAGAAGAACCAUCCGCAGAUUACUGUCAAUUGUCUCCACCCUGGAUCAUGCCGAACGAAUCUGUUCCACCACUCGUGGUUCCUGUAUAUUUUGACAACUAUUGGAUUACAGAUCUUGUUGCGAUCGCCAAAGAGGGGCGCGAGGACGAUCUUGUAUCUGGCGCUGAGCGAGGAGGUCGAGGGGAUCUCGGGCGAGUACUGGUUCGAUGAGCGGAUUCGGAAGCGUAACCCUGCGUCGGACAAUGAGACCAUGCAAGAGGAGUUGGUUUGGUACAGCAACAAGGCUGUGGGAUCGUCACCGUACAACGCGAGAAUGUAGCUUGGACGCGGCUUUGCAUGCAGCAGAGCGCGUCUUUCCCCUGUGACCAGUCGUAGUUUAAAGAUGUAUUUUCUGCCC